AUGCCAUUUUUUUGCGUGUGGCAUCAAUAAUGUGGCGGCCAUAUAAAAUGUGGUCCUGGCCACACGCCAAUCAGUAGUCGGCCCCAAAAUGCUGCUCGACACGGACCUGGCCGGUGGAGUGAUCCGCUCGCCAUAUAGUUUUGACAUCCCGCACGCCUUUAUCUUCAACGAAUCGCAGUUCGUGGAGCCCAAAUUCUGUGGACCCUACAUGGAGAUAGUGAAGCACUUCGCCCAGGUGUACCACUACAAGCUGCUUCUCGACACUCUCGAGAGUUUGCCCAAGAAAUCGGUGGUGGAGCAGGACAUUGUCCACGGCAAGUACAACCUCUCGCUCCACGGCGUGAUCAUUCGGCCAGAGACGAGCACUGACCUCACCACUGACGCCACCAAGCACAGUUAUCCGCUGGAGCUGAUGACGAACUGCGUGAUGGUGCCCCUUGCGCCCGAGCUGCCCAAGUGGAUGUACUUGGUGUGGCCGCUGGGCAGGUACAUCUGGUCCUGCCUGUUCCUCGGCACCUUCUACGUGGCCCUCCUGCUGAGGUAUGUGCACUGGCGGGAGCCGGGGAAGGCCACCCGAUCCUAUACCAGGAACGUGCUCCACGCCAUGGCUCUGCUGAUGUUCAGUCCCAACAUGAACAUGUCCGUAAAGCUGAAGCACGCCUCGCUGCGCGUCAUUACCUUCUACACGCUGCUCUACGUCCUGGGUUUCAUCCUGACCAACUACCACCUCAGCCACAUGACCGCGUUCGACAUGAAGCCCGUGUUCCUGCGGCCCAUCGACACCUGGUCGGAUCUGAUCCACUCGAGACUGCGGAUCGUUAUCCACGAUUCGCUGCUGGAAGAGCUGCGCUGGCUGCCGGUGUACCAGGCCCUGCUGGCGAGUCCAUCGCGUUCCUACGCCUAUGUGGUCACCCAGGAUGCCUGGCUGUUCUUCAAUCGGCAGCAGCGGGUGCUCAUCCAGCCGUACUUCCACCUGUCCAAGGUGUGCUUCGGUGGCCUCUUCAACGCCCUGCCCAUGGCCUCCAAUGCCAGCUUUGCCGAUUCCCUGAACAACUUAAUUCUCAACGUUUUUCAGGCGGGCUUGUGGAAUUACUGGGAAGAGCUUGCCUUUCGCUAUGCCAAGCAGGCUGGCUAUGCGAGAGUUUUCCUGGACACAUAUCCCGUCGAAUCGCUGAACCUGGAGUUCUUCACCACGGCCUGGAUUGUCAUGACCGCGGGAAUACCCAUUAGCUCGCUGGUUUUCUGCUUGGAGCUUUACGUUCAUCGUCGAAAGGAGAGACUUUCGCAGUAUGACCGAUUCGAGUGUUGCGAUUACUAA